AGGAGGGGGAGGGGCGGUGGCAGGAAGGCAAGGGUGGCAGGGAGGGGGCAAUUGGAUCGUUGUUGGCAAGAGUCUUCCGGGAGGAAGAGGGAGCCCCCUCCUUUCCGUGUCCGUUACAACAAACAGCGCUGCCCGCUCCCCCCAGCUCGUUUGCUCUGUGGAUGAAAUGAAUCAUGAGUUUCAAGCUCUUGCAUUAGAAUCUCGGGGAAUGGGAGAGCUGCUACCUGCCAAAAAAUUUUGGGAACCAGAUGAUCCAGCAAAGGAUGGACAAAAAGGGAUAUUUCUUGGUGAUGAGUGGAGAGAAACUGCUUGGGCAACACCUCACCACUCCAUGUCCCAUCCUAUUAUGGUUCAAAGAAAGCCUGGACAUGUUUUUCAUGGAACAAGUGAAGUAAACGCUGUCUUAUCUCCUCGAUCAGAGAGUGGUGGCCUUGGUGUGAGCAUGGUCGAAUAUGUGCUAAGUUCUUCUCCAGCUGAUAAAUUGGACUCCCGGUUUAGGAAAGGAGCUUUUGGCACUAGAGAAGCUGAAACAGAUGGACCUGAGAAAGCAGACCAGAAAGGCAAGGUUUCUCCAUUUGAGGAGGACAAGAACAGAGAUCUUAAACAAGUUGAUGAUGACGAUGUUACCAAAAUAAAUGGCAGAGGCUUGCCAAAUGGAAUGGAUGCUGAUAGCAAAGAUUUUAACAGUCGUACUCCUGGAAGCCGACAAGCAUCCCCAACUGAAGUAACUGAGCGUUUGGGUCCAAACCCUAACUCUGCUGAAGGCUUGUCUUCGCUUUCUAAUCCUUCAACUCACAAGCCACUGGUGGAAGAAUUUUCAACCUCUGAAUCUCAGAAUUUGGAUGCUAUGGAACAAGUGGGUCUUGAUUCUCUGCAGUUUGAUUAUCCUGGAAAUCAGGUACAAAUGGAUUCUUCAGGAACUACUGUGGGACUCUUUGAUUACAAUUCACAACAACAGAUAUUUCAGAGGACUAAUCCUCUUACUGUUCAGCAGUUAACAGCAGCACAACAGCAACAAUAUGCACUGGCAGCAGCUCAGCAACCACAUAUAGGUGUAUUUUCGGCAGGCUUGGCUCCAGCUGCUUUUGUGCCAAAUCCCUAUAUUAUCAGUGCUGCUCCCCCAGGUGCUGACCCAUAUACAGCAGCAGGCUUGGCUGCCGCAGCUACCUUGGCAGGGCCAGCAGUUGUUCCUCCUCAGUAUUAUGGUGUUCCUUGGGGCGUGUAUCCAGCCAACUUGUUUCAACAGCAAGCAGCCGCCACAGCAAACAGCACUGCCAAUCAGCAGGCUGCAUCACAGGCACAACAAGGACAGCAGCAGGUUCUUCGUACUGGCGGUAAUCAGCGCCCUCUUACACCCAACCAGAGUCAACAGGGGCAACAGGCAGAGUCACUUGCAGCAGCUGCGGCAGCAAAUCCAGCUUUGGCUUUUGGUCAGGGUCUUGCCACUGGCAUGCCAGGCUAUCAAGUGCUAGCCCCCACUGCCUAUUAUGAUCAGACGGGUGCCUUGGUGGUAGGUCCAGGGGCCAGAACUGGACUUGGAGCACCUGUCAGGUUGGUGGCUUCAGCACCUGUUAUCAUCAGUUCUGCAGCUGCACAAGCAGCUGCCGCAGCUUCAGCUGGAGGAACAGCAAACAAUAUCACAGGAACCACAAACGGGCUUUUUCGGCCCCUUGGUCCUCAGCCUCAACAGCAGCAACAGCAGACAAACAACAAUCUACAGUCUAACUCAUUUUAUGGCAACAAUACUUUAACCAAUAAUUCUCAGAGCAGUUCACUCUUUUCACAUGGUCCUGGUCAACCAGGAAACACAUCUCUUGGCUUUGGAAGCAGCAGCUCCUUGGGAGCUGCCAUUGGGUCUGCACUUGGUGGAUUUGGCUCAACCGUUGGCAGUUCUGCAAGUAGUAGUGCCACAAGGAGAGAGUCUCUAUCUACAAGUUCUGACUUGUACAAAAGAUCUAGUAGCAGCCUAGCACCCAUAGGGCAGCCAUUUUACAAUAGUCUGGGAUUUUCCUCCUCUCCAAGCCCAAUAGGCAUGCCUCUGCCAAGCCAAACUCCAGGACAUUCACUUACGCCACCGCCAUCACUUUCAUCACAUGGAUCCUCAUCCAGUUUGCAUUUAGGGGGAUUGACCAAUGGUAGUGGUCGCUAUAUUUCAGCAGCACCUGGAGCAGAAGCCAAGUAUCGCAGUGCUGCAAAUACCUCCAGUCUUUUCAGCUCAAGCAGCCAAUUGUUUCCUCCCUCACGACUACGUUACAGUAGAUCUGACAUUAUGCCCUCUGGGCGGAGUAGGUUAUUGGAGGAUUUCAGAAAUAAUCGCUUUCCUAACCUUCAACUAAGAGACCUUGUUGGGCAUAUAGUUGAAUUUUCACGGGAUCAGCAUGGCUCUAGAUUUAUACAACAGAAAUUAGAGAGAGCUACUCCGGCUGAGCGCCAAAUGUUGUUUAGUGAAAUUCUGCAAGCAGCAUAUCAGCUGAUGACAGAUGUGUUUGGAAACUAUGUAAUACAGAAAUUCUUUGAGUUUGGAAGCAUUGACCAGAAGUUAGCACUUGCAACGCGCAUUCGUGGACAUGUUCUCCCCUUAGCUUUACAGAUGUAUGGGUGUCGAGUCAUUCAGAAAGCUUUAGAGUCUAUUUCACCUGACCAGCAGGUAAUUAAUGAAAUGGUGAAGGAACUAGAUGGUCAUGUCCUAAAAUGUGUUAAGGAUCAAAAUGGAAAUCAUGUGGUACAAAAGUGUAUUGAAUGUGUUCAGCCACAAUCACUCCAAUUUAUUAUUGAUGCUUUCAAAGGACAGGUGUUUGUGCUUUCAACUCACCCUUAUGGCUGCAGAGUAAUUCAACGUAUUCUUGAGCAUUGUACUGCCGAACAGACCUUGCCCAUUUUGGAAGAAUUGCAUCAACACACAGAACAGCUUGUGCAGGAUCAGUAUGGAAACUACGUUAUUCAGCAUGUUCUGGAACAUGGCCGCCCUGAAGACAAGAGUAAGAUUGUUACUGAAAUCCGAGGGAAAGUUCUGACUUUAAGUCAGCAUAAAUUUGCCAGCAAUGUGGUGGAAAAAUGUGUGACUCAUGCAUCUCGUGCUGAAAGAGCUUUGCUUAUUGAUGAAGUAUGUUGUCAGAACGAUGGUCCUCACAGUGCCUUAUACACCAUGAUGAAGGACCAAUAUGCAAACUAUGUUGUUCAGAAAAUGAUUGACAUGGCGGAACCAGCUCAGCGUAAGAUUAUAAUGCACAAAAUUCGACCCCAUAUUACAACCUUGCGUAAAUACACAUAUGGGAAGCAUAUCCUUGCCAAGCUGGAAAAAUAUUACCUGAAGAACAAUGCUGAUCUGGGGCCAGUUGGAGGACCACCAAAUGGGAUGCUUUGAAGAUAAGUUUAAGAAGCAGUCUAAAAGAGGAAUUGUAUUGUGAAUUAUCAAAACACCCAACUUAACUAAAAUUUUGUGAUUUUUUAAAAAUAUAUUUAUUGACUUCAUCCAUUUGUAAAAAUUUUAUUCAUGUGUAUAUUUUGGGGGAAUGAAUUACAACAUAAUUGCCAUUUCUUAACAGAGACCUAUCAGAUUGCAAGGCUUACAAAGCACAGAAUGCCUGUAAAUGAUGUAACUAUCGGAAUAGCUCUCCCAUUUUGUAAAUUUUUACCUUGUAAAGUCACUGAAUAAAAUAGUUUUUAAAGGGAAAAAGUACAGUAUUCUUUUAAUAUACUGGCUUACAGUCUGGUAGGUCUAUCCACCAUCAUCGCACAACAUGUUUAUAUAAUUGUAUAUAGAAUUAGUUUUCAUUUUUCCCCUUUGUGUGGAAUCUUUUUUAUAAUAGUUGGAAAUAAAGCAAUUGCAUAAUUAUUAUUUAACAUGAUACAGAAAGUUAAGUUCUGUAUUUUGGUGGUUCACAAUUUUAUAGUCCCCAAAACAAUCAGGAUACUGCAAAUAUCAGUAAAGAAAUCGUAAAAUGUGAACACUGAUGAGUAGUUUCCACCUUUUACUCUGGAAAUAUUUUUUUUAAAAAAAAAAACAGUGCCCUUUUCUCCAGCAGUGUACAGAAGCUAUGUAUAUAAUUUAAUAUUUAACUAAUGGUGCAAGAAUAGGGUAUAAAAUCAAGGUAGUACUUGGAUCCAGCAAUGUACUGUCCGGGAAAGAGUAAAUUCAAUAAAUAAAUAGGCAGACAGUUGAUGUAAGAUGUGUGUUUUGCUUUGCAUAUACAAUUAUAAGAUGGGAUUUGAAAAUUGAGCAUAUGCUUGAAGUAGUAGAUGAAUUUGUAGGCAAUUCAAGGAGGAAAGAGCCUACUUAAAUUUGAUAGUGCAACAUCUAAAGCAUGAUUAAAUAUCCAGAUAGGUUUUUUUGCUUCCUUAUAAAUAUAAGCAUUAUAUAAGUAUAGUUAAUCGAUGUAAGUUUACCGUUUGUAAACCGAUUCCUUGUUUUCAAUGUUUUAAAAGCCUUGCUAAUUAAGUAGUGAUGCUUACCUUGGUUGUACAGAUGUACAUUUGUAAACCUUCAUGCUGUAAAUGUAAUUUGUUUUACCCCUUUUGGGAAGAAAAUUUGCAUUUUAGUGUAUAUUCAUAUCCCUGCCCCUCUAUCCUGACAUAGUGUUGUAUAAUGUAAAUUUAUUUCGGCAAAUCAAGACUGGUUUUUUAAAAAUUCUAUCUUUAUAUGGUUUCAGAGAUGUGAAUCAGCUUUCUUUGAUCUGUUACAAAAAUCCUUUGUUUAUUACAUAGCUAUUCUGUUAAUAUGGACAUUUUGGAAACUUAAAUCAGUUUAAACAUUAAUGAGAAUAAAGAUAAUUAAUAGACAGAAAUACUGACGACAGAAACCAGUGCUUCUUCCAUCUUAAAUGUGGCACGAUUUGUUUUUGUAUAGAAGAAUGCUGUAUUUUUGAACAGCUUGUUUCAUCCUAAAGCAAAUAUGUAUGAUACUGUCAAUUUAAACACAACACUGUACCAGUAAGAUAAAGGUGUACAUUUACAAGCGGCCUUAUGUACAUUUCCCAGUUUCCUUUUUAAGGCAAGAAUUGUGACUAUAUGUGUAUAAUUAAAAUCCUUUUUAAUCC